AUGACUCCGCCCGGGUUCAACGUGGAGGUGGGCGUGGACGAAGGGACGGGGUUCGUGUACGGAGGCAGCGUCCAUAACUGUGGGACGUGGAUGGACAAGGUUGGGGAGUCCACCUGGGCAGGGAAUAAGGGGGCCCCUGCCACUCCGAGAAAUGGGUCGGCGGUAGAGCUAGUGGGUCUCUCCUACUCGGCCAUACAGUGGCUCCACCAACUCUCUCAGCUGGGACAGUUCCCUUACUCUCGGGUCAACCUACCUUCAGACGACCCCCACAGCAGGAGAACACUGGACAUACUCCAAAUGGGCGUCACUCAUCAAAGAAAGCUUCGAGCACCAUUUCUGGGUCCCGUGGACAGAAACUUGGCCAGUCAGAAGGAGGGCACGCAGGCCAGCUACCUCCAUCGCACCGGAAUGUACAAGGACUGCGUGGGCUCUACCCAGCGCUACGCCAACUACCAGUUGAGGCCGAAUUUCCCAUCGCGAUGGUCGUCGCCCGGAGCUGUUCUCGCCGGAGAAUGCCUGGACGGCACUGCAGACGGCAGAGGAGUUGUGCUGGGACCGCUGGGAAUGAGGACCCUCGACCCCCGGGUGGAGAUGGGAGGGGAGGAACGGAGGGUGUAUUAUACUAUUGUAGUAACCAUCAGAGCCGUAGAGGACUAUGUGUACAACGGCUACUACAUUAACUCGGUGGACUCUGGGAACUACAACACUGCCAAGGUUUCAACUACCACCAAGGCCCCGAGUGGCUGUGGGUGGUGGGAUACUUCCUCCGCGCACGGCUCCAGUUUGCCCACCGAAAUGGAGUCAAAGUCGCGGGACAACCUCUCCCUCAUUCACUCGGUCCUCAGCACCCACGCCCAGGCGCUCCAGGACUCCCCGUGGAAGGACUCCCCGAACUCACCA